AUGGGCGAGGCGAACCCGCUCGCGAGCUUGUCGCCGCUGCAGAUCAAGCAGCUGCAGCGAGUCUUCUACGCUCUGGACAAGGACCUGGAUGGGCGCGUAAGUGAGGCGAAUGUCGCGGAUGUGCUGGGGCAUCUCGGUACGUGUACGCUGCUGACGCCAGGGUCGACGGACGCCGAGGCGGAGGCGCACGCGUGUUUUGCGGAUGCGCCUGCGACGCUCGAGAUGAUGAGCUUUCUCACGCACAUGGCGCGCAUUCUCGCGCGCGUGGGCGACGCGCACUCGCUGGCUGAGGCGUUUGCGAGCUUUGACGAGAAGGACGAGGGUAUGAUCGACCGCCGCGACCUGCACGAGAUCCUCGGGCACGACCCUGCGCUGAUCGCGGCAUGGGAGGUGCCUGCGUUUAUGGACCGUGCGCAGAAACGCUUCGACUACCGGAAACGUGUGUAUGGUCUACUAACGCCAGUGGUAACGACGCUCGGCAUGUGUGCCUGGUCGGAUGUGAGCGCGUAG